ACCUGGGGUCGAGUUAUGAAUUACCUGCGACGCUCGCCAGAGGCGUCCGCCCGACUCCAAGAUGGCGCCCCUGGCGUUUGCCAGGAGCCAAGAUGGCGACCCGGGGGCGCGCCCGCGCUCCCGAGCCUCCUCCCCCGGCUUGGGAACGCGACUCGCGUCGCCGAGAGCCGGUUGCCCUUCAGCCUGGGUGGUGGUCCCGGCCGCUGCCCGCCCCACGCCAUGAGGUUCUUCGGCUGGUGGCAGGCACUGCUGUGGGUGCUGGGGCUUCCCGCCCGCGGCCUGGAGGUUGCAGAGGGAAGUGGUCACCUGUGGUCGGAGGAGCAGCCUGUGGCCCCUCUCCAGGUGGGGGCCGUGCACCUGAGCGAGGAGGAGCCCCCGCACAACUCGAGGAGCCAGGCCGGGGCCGCAGAAGAGGAAGACGCGGUGCUGGGGCUGGACAUGCUUGGCCAUCCCAUGGCUGUGCUGUCCGUGGUGCCCGGGGAAGCCGAGGACCCGCUGAGUGCCGAGCCCAGCGUGGAUGGCACGUGCAGGGCAGACGGCGAGGAGGGCUCGAGGUGCCAGCCCCGGGAGAGCCUCCUCUCGCUGGACAGUGCGGGGGCGAGCUCCCACGGCCGUGAUCAGGAGGAGGAGCGCUACGGCGAGCCAGAGGUGGCCGAGCCGGCCCCAGCCCCCACCGAGGACUCCAACAGCACCGAGAGCCCCAAGUCCCCCAAGGUCAGCUGUGAGGAGAGAAAUGUGACCGGGCUAGAAAAUUUCACUCUGAAAAUUUUAAAUAUGUCCCAGGACCUCAUGGACUUCCUCAACCCCAACGGCAGUGACUGCACCCUCGUCCUCUUCUACACCCCGUGGUGCCGCUUCUCUGCCAGCCUGGCCCCUCACUUUAACUCUCUGCCCCGGGCGUUUCCGGCUCUUCACUUCCUGGCCCUGGAUGCGUCUCAGCACAGCAGCCUUUCUACCAGGUUUGGCACCGUGGCUGUUCCUAACAUUUUGUUAUUCCAAGGAGCAAAACCAAUGGCUAGAUUCAAUCACACGGAUCGAACGUUGGAAACGCUGAAAGUCUUCAUUUUCAAUCAGACAGGUAUAGAAGCCAAGAAAAACGUGGUGGUGACGCCAGCUGACCAGAUCGGCCCCCUGCCCAGCACUUUGGUAAAAAGUGUGGACUGGCUGCUUGUAUUUUCCUUAUUCUUUCUGAUUAGUUUCAUUAUGUACGCCACCAUUCGAACUGAGAAUAUUAGGUGGCUAAUUCCGGGACAAGAGCAGGAGCACGUGGAGUGAUGAGGGGCCCAGAGGGAAGAGGAAUUUCAGUCCUUCGUUUCAGAACCUGGCGCUGCCGGCUUUCAAACGUUUUCUCCAGGGAAGUGUUGAUUGCAGCUUCCAUCACAGGAGAGGAAUCACAUCUGCCGAACAACUGGAUGUGGAGGAAUUAUCCACUGGUGUUUUAACCAGGCGGGCAAUAGGCACGUGCAUACAUUCACCAGAACUCAUUGUUCUUGUUUUACCCACUGAACAGAAUGCAGUGUUUUAUUUGAAAUGUGAAGACAGUGAGUAUAACGAGCCUAGCGUGCUGUCUAGGCAGCAGAGACAGGCCUGUGGGACUGCAGUUUUAGAAAGCUCCUGAUUCCUCCCAUCUAAGAAGGUUAGUUUUCCGGUUGCUUGCACUUUCUCUUUCCAUGUCUGCAAGCAGGAGUGUUUUGUUCUGGGAAGAGUAACUGGAAUUGAUAAAUGUGACCCCGUAAGUAACAACUGAUGGAAAAUAAAACAGUCAGAUACC